UGUCCUAAUCCUGCAGCAUCCUCAUCGCAUUAUCUACCUACCCCUUGUAUUCACAGUCCCCGUUCUAAUCAUCAAACACAAAAACAAAUGAAGAAAAGGUGCAGCCUUCGGCCAGUGAAACCCUAGACAGUCCCAUCCCACUCCCAAGACCUAUAUAUACACCAAUAUAUACGUAUUAUUAUAUCUCAAACUCGAGAGCAAGCCCAGAAAUGUUGCCACCAACAAUGAUGAGCCAGCAGAUGUUGGCAACAAUGGGUUCAACCCUAGCUAGCUUCAUGUUCAUCUGGGCAAUCAUCCGCCAGUACUGUCCGUACGAGCUGCGCCGUUUUCUGGAGCGAUACUCCCACAGAGUCACGGGCUACUUCUACCCCUACAUCAAAAUCUCCAUCCACGAGUUCACCGGCGACCGCCUCAAGCGGAGCGAGGCCUACUCGGCCGUGGAGGCCUACCUGAGCUCCAACACCUCCAAGAGCGCCAAGCGGCUCAAGGCGGAGAUGGUGAAGGACAGCAGCAACCUCGUCCUCAGCAUGGACGAGUACGAAAGAGUGACGGACGACUUCCGUGGAGCAAAAGUCUGGUGGGUUCUGUCCAAAUCCGUGUCCCCCGCCGGGAGAUCUAUGUCCAUGGCCUAUUAUCCCGAGCAGGAGAAGCGAUUUUACAAGCUGACUUUUCACAAAAAGUACCGGGACAUGAUCACGGCGGACUAUUUAAACCAUGUCGUUAAUGAAGGGAAGGAGAUCCGGGUUAGAAAUCGGCAGAGGAAGCUGUACACAAAUAGUCCGGGGUACAAAUGGCCGAGCUACAAGCAGACGAUGUGGAGCCACAUUGUGUUCGAACACCCGGCAACGUUCGAGACAAUGGCGUUGGAUCCGGAGAAGAAGAAGGAGAUCAUCGAAGAUCUGGUGACUUUCAGCAAAAGCAAGGACUUUUAUGCAAGAAUUGGGAAAGCUUGGAAGAGGGGUUACUUGCUGUACGGUCCUCCGGGGACCGGGAAGUCCACGAUGAUCGCCGCGAUGGCGAAUCUGUUGGGGUACGAUAUUUAUGACUUGGAGCUCACGGCGGUGAAGGACAAUACGGAGCUGAGGAAGCUAUUGAUUGAGACCACGAGUAAGAGUAUUAUUGUGAUUGAGGACAUCGACUGUUCGCUUGAUUUGACAGGGCAGAGGAAGAAGAGGGGGGCGGCGGAGAAGGGUUUUUCGGAGGAGGAGGUAAAGGGUAGCGGAGCCGGGAAGGAGCGCGUUAAAGAGGCGAAAGAGGAAGGGUACGGCGGCAGCAAGGUGACGCUUUCGGGGCUGUUGAACUUCAUCGAUGGGUUAUGGUCUGCAUGCGGAGGUGAGAGGGUGGUUGUUUUUACUACUAAUUAUGUUGAGAAGCUUGAUCCUGCAUUGAUUCGGAGGGGUAGAAUGGACAAACACAUUGAGCUUUCUUACUGUACUUUUGAUGGGUUUAGGGUUUUGGCCAAGAAUUACUUGAGGAUUGAGAGGCAUGAGAUGUUUGAGGAGAUAGAAAAGCUGAUGGGAGUGACGAAAAUGACCCCGGCCGACGUUGCUGAGAAUCUCAUGCCAAAAUCACCAAAUGAUAAUCCGGAGAAAUGUCUUUUGAAUUUUAUCCAAGCUCUUGAGGAAGCGAUGGAGGAAGGUGCAAAGAAAAAAGAUGAACAGAUCAAAGAGGUUGAUACAAACAAGGCGGAGGUGGCGGCGGAGGAGGGAGUAGGAAACAAAGAGGUUGAAAGCAAAAGCGUUUUGGUUGCCGACGAAAUUAGGUCAACUUGGGCAAGUGGGUGAUUAGGAAUUGGAUAUUCUCUGAGGCAAAUUAUCGGGAUCCUCUUGACCCAAUAACACAGAUAGUUGGAUUUUGAUCCAAUGACUAUAAAUAGGGGAUCCUUCUAAAAUUAUAAUAAUUGUAGCCGUUGAAUCAAAAUCCAAUGAUCCGUGUUAGUGGGUCAGAAGGAUCCCGAGGCUUUGCCUCGGAGAGGAUCCAAUGUUGGGUGAUUAUUUGGUGGUUUUUGAGUUUAAUAUGUCAACUAAGCUUAAAGUUCUUUUGGUUAACAAUAAUAUAAAAUUUAUAUGA